AUGGACGAGCUUGCGAGAGAUAUUGACAGUCUGCGAAGGAGAAAGGAGUUGGCUAAUGUCAGUCGAGAAAGGGACUGGGAUGAUGUGGGCGUGGACCGUUAUGCAAACGUAGUUGUCGAGCCCGAGGUUGUACCGGAACUGGAGUCUCAUGAUGAUUUAGAGGCGUUUGACAAACUGCUGAUGGAUGCCCCCGCAGCGAAGCGAAUGGCGCCGAAGAAAAGGUUUCCGGACGUCCACAUGAGGCUGCCCGACCCAGCUGAGUUUGAGUUUGAAGAUGACGACUGA